AUGUACAACAAUUUGCUUGGGGAACCUGAACAGUUGGGUCUUCGCCUCCGGAAGAGUCCGUCGAUUCAUAUGAUGCUUUCUCAGUCAAAGGCAGGUAAAAAUUUAUGCGUCACUAGCUCGAAGGGCUCGAAAGUUGGUGUAAAAUCAAACUCAGCUUCUUCGAGCUCAUUGAGCAAGAUCAAAGCUUCGCAUUUUCAUGCGUCAUUAUUGAGGAUUGGGACAUGGGAGUUUGUGACUAGAUAUGAAGGAGAUUUAAUGGCAAAAUGUUACUUCGCCAAACGUAAACUUCUAUGGGAAUUUCUCGAAGGUGGCGUGAAGAGCAAGAUUGAGUUUCAUUGGUCCGACAUUACUGCAAUUAAGGCAGUAUUUUUUGACGGUGGCCAUGGGGCUUUGGAUAUUGUGUUGGCAAGACCACCUCUUUUCUUCCGAGAGAUUGAUCCUCAACCAAGGAAGCAUAUACAGUGGCAAGCAACUCAGGAUUUUACCAAUGGCCAAGCACAUAUACACAGGAGGCAUAUACUUCAAUGUCCCCAGACCUCGUUGAGAAAGAAUUUUGAGAAACUUAUCAACUGUGAUCCUCAUUUGAAGCUACUUAGUCAGCAACCUGAUCUUAUAUUAGAAUCGCCUUACUUUGAUCCUCAGUACUCAGUUUUGGAAGGUAAAAGUGAUUUUAAAAGUCAUAUCAAUUAUGUCAUUAAGGAUGAUUCUAAAACCACUUUCUCUGGCUUUUACGAACCUGGUCCCCCUUGUGCAACAUCAUCAAUCUCCAAUAAGACGGAAACACAAGAUUCUUUCUGGAGGACACCUGCUUUUGAUUCACAAUGCACUCCUUCACCAUGCUCAGUUGAGGAGCUGGCUUCAGGAAACACAUCAUUGUCUUGCGACGCUCUAUUCGACAAAGAGGACAUUAUAUCACAACUCCUUGACUUUGAUUUCCAGCCUCCUUCUGCUGUUUCUGAUGAACAAUCCAACAUCCCGAAGGUCAAUACCCGUUGCUGCUUGCUCCAGCAAGAUACAGUGGUCGGUAUGACGGUAAAUGCCCAACUGAAUGAUCAGGAUGGUAGUGCUGACGAUGCACAAGCUGGUGCUGGAUCCUACGAUGAAUUUUAUUCAACACCAGAGGCCGAACAAUCAUUCUUGGAAUUUAUGAAGAUUACUCGAAUAGCCUCGUUUCCACGAGUUCUUUCUCAAUCCUACUUGUGGUAG